UAAGAAGAAGAAGAAGACUUCCUCCCCACGACUUUGACGUGAAGCCUUAGCGGCCGUCUUGACCUUUCAGCUACAUCGAGACAAACUGAAAUAUGGCUGGACAAGCCUUUGCAAAAUGGUGGUCCGCCGUGGGCCCUUAUUACACUAAGGUGUACCAGGAGAUGUGGGUUGGAGUUGGCAUCAUGACAUACCUCUAUUAUAAAGUUUCCUACGGGGGAAAGAAAAAGGCAGUGGCAAACAAACCUGCACAUUGAACUGGCAACCAUGAGGAAAACCUGUUCUUCUGUGAUAUAUUACCCGUCUCAUCAAUCCUGAAGUCUCUCUUCAUAUUUCAGUUUUUGUUAAUAUGGAUCAAAUAAAAUGUAUGACCUCCA